UCACGUGAUUGGCUGAUCGGCCCACUGCCGCACCUCAUCGCGCGACCCGGCGAACACCACCUUGGUCUUGCACUGCUCACACAGGUACUCCGGCUCGUCCAGCAGCUCCACCAGUGGUAUCUUCUUCUCCUUCUUGCGGCCCUCGUUCUUUCUCUUGAUGCCCUCAUUCUCCUCACGCCGCCGCGCAUUCUCUGCCCGCACCUGCUGGAGGUCCCGCCGCAACUUGCUGCAGCGGUCGUCAUAGCACUGGCGACACAGCCGGAGGUGUCUGCAGGGCAUCUACAUGACCGAUGGGGGCGCGUCGAGGCAGAUGGCACACUCACGCCCAUCUCCCUCUGGCUGGGCCGCUGCCGGGGGCUGCUGUUGCCGGGGGCUGCUGUCGCGGUAGGGGGGCACUCAAGCUGCUGGACGAAGACGGCUGGUGCUGCUGGAUGCUCAUCUGGGCAAGCCUGUGUGUGUGUAUCAAUCGCAUCAUGCGCCGUGUGUGUGGUAUGGGAUGUGUGUGGGCCCGCGUACCUUCGCUCGGUCUCUUUGAGCCGCCUGGCGAGUUCAUCGUUCUUCCGCUGCAGCUCAGCCUCCCGCGACGACACUUCCACACUGCACACACACACACACACACACAGAGAGAGAGAGACACGGGAAGGUAUCUGAAUCGGAUUCGUUCCAUCCGUCCGUCAAUGUCCGUGUAUGUGUGCCACGCACCUAUCAUCUACACCAGCAGCAGCAGCCGAGGCGCCCUGUCCACCCUCAUCAUCAUCCAAUGGCCUGACCACACAUACGCAAAUCGAAUGACGUGACGAGUCGCCCAUCGCCUGUGUGUGUGGUGUGUGUGGGUGUGCCUGCCUACCCUAGUGGCUCUUCGUAUGGUGUUGCUGCUGCUGCUGCUGCGGCUGCCGGAGCUGCUGGUGUAGCACUGGGAUGGUCGUAGCUACUGGACGAGGGAGAGGCAUCAAACACGGACCUGACACAAUACAGCACAGACAUGGACAUUCGGAGGUGACUGUGCCGCGUGUGUUGAUUGAGCGUGUUUGCCGUGCCCACCUCAGCUCAUACGAUUGCGAGGAACGGGGCUCAUUCUGACUCAACGAGGCUCCAAACGACCUGAUACGAUGCAUGAACAAUAACCACCACCGAUGUGUCGUGAGCUGUCCUCAUGUCGGCCUGUCUGUUCCUUACCUGGGGCACUUGACGAGUGGCGGAGGGCCGCGGUGACACGACGGACGAUCCACACUCGACGAGGAGGGUAAGAUAGCCCUGGACACGGCAUCUUGCAGAGGGCCGAGCGACGCCGCUGCAGCUGCGGAUGUGCCACUGGCAUGGCCACCAGACGACAGCGAUGCAGUGGCCUCGUGCAGUGAUGCAAGAAUGGCCAUCUGGAUCUGCGCAUCAUGCUGCUCGUCUUCCUCCCUGCACACACGGAAAGGACACCUCUGCCGUGGUGCUUGGCUAUGCACCGCACGUCUGUGGCAGACAACGAACCUGUCGUCUUGGGCUUGCUGUUCUGGGUAGUGAGUGUCGUCUGCCGGUCCGAAUGACGGCGGUGAGGCAGAUGCAGCUGCGGCCGCGACACCUGACGAGUGAGAUGAGGGCCUGCAAACCAACAAGGGAUGCGGCUGGGAUGAGUAACAGAGAGAAUAUCAUCUCCUCCACUGGCCAAGACUCACUUGUUUCGGUUCGGCCGACGUGUGCCCUUGCUGUCAGCACUACCGAGCCGAUCAGAUGACUGAGAAGCCACGGGCACCCUGCAUGACAGCCGGGAGAAGUGAGCAAGUCUGUGCGUGUGCCUCGCUGUGCCGACCUCUGCCGUGUGUCUGUGUCUUCGCCGUCAGCACAACCGUCCUCUACGUCGCUACCAGCAUAAUGCUCAACACCCUCCUCAGCCACAGACUCAACACGCCUACAAGAGCCCCAACGACACGAGAAGAUGGACGCACGGUAAGCGACCACUGGUGUGUGCGUGAGGUGUUCUUCUGUCGGCCUGUCAAUGCCUGGCCUGGGGUACUUGACGAGUGGCGGAGGGCCCCGGUGACACGACGGACGAUGCGCACUCGACGAUAAGGGAAGCAGGUCGUCACUGACACAAAAUGAGACGACAGACACCGGCACCAUUCAUUGUGCACAUCCAUCGAUCCCCUUCUCUGUGUCUGUCUGCUUACAGCUGCUGUGGCGCAUGUGCCAGAGGCGGGAACGCAUCAUCGGCACCUCUCGCCGGUUUCGGUGCAGGCGCGAGGGGCGGAGGGGGUGGGGCCGGGUGAGAGGCACUCGAUGACACAAACGAUUGCCGCUUGGCCGACUCGCGCGGCUCCUCAGCUGACGGCAGACGGGGAGUGGAAGGGAACGGCAGAGACGACAAGAAUGAUGUGGCAGCCGGGAGGCCCAGCCCCCUGCCUCCACCCAACUUGCUGCCUACCGAUGGUCCCAUCAGCCGCUCCUCGCGCGGCGUCUGGUCGGCCGUCGACAUAUCGCUGGGGCGAGAGAGCAUAGGGCGAUCGUGGGUCUGGAAUGGAGAGUUGUCGGCUGAGGGCCGCAGGGUCGCCUUUUGCUUGGCUGUGGGGGGCUGGAAGGGCGAGAAGGGGGGAUGAGUCGAUCCUUUGGUGUGGGCAGCUGGCUGGGCCUUGACGGGGUUGGUCUGCUUAUGGCUUUCGACAGCGCGUUGAGCGAAGGCUGACCCCAACAGCAGAGCGUCGCUGUCCUCCUCAUUGGAAGCUGGCUGGUCGUCAUUGGCUGCCCCAGUGCUGUCCGCCUGGUCUUCUUCGCCCCCCGGCGGGCUGCUGGUGGGGGUGAUGGUGGAUGUUGCGCUGUGCUGCCCCUUGCCCCCCUUGCCCUUCUUCUUGCCACCCUUCGCCUUAGCCGCCUCCUCCUUCUUGUUGGCCGCCUCCUCCUCUCUGAUGAGGGCCGCCAUCUUGGUGUCGGCCUCCCUCUGCUGCCGCGCCAAGUCGGCCGCUGUGGGGGCCUCCUUGGCCUCUCGUGUGGCCUGCCGCCUCUUGUGUCUGUCGCGCUGCUCCUUCAGCUUCUGCAGCAGCUCCUGCGUCGCUUCUGUGUUGGUAAUGGGCAGCCCGUUGGGCGCCGCCGGGCGCUCCGCAAUCACCAGCUUGCGGCAACGGCGGUCGCUCUCUGUGGCUGUGGGCAUGGGGGCGAUGUCAGCGCCCGCCUGGAGCAGCACACGGAUGGUGGUCUUGACGUUGGGGAUCCGGACGGUGAGGCGGUCCCUCACGGCCUGCCCCGUGUUGUCGCCUCGCAGCUGGUGAAUGGCCUUACCGAGCGAUCGUGCAGCGAAGCCGAGGGGUGUGAGGGGGUGCGGGUCACUCGGCAGCCCUCUGUUGACGUCAGCAGCGGCGAGACGGCGGCAGAGAGACGCAGCGACACAGUGCGAGCCACGGGCCGCCGCGUGGUGCAAUGGCGUCGCUCCCAUGUGGUCAGUCGCCGUGAUGUCGGCCCCGUUGGCCACCAGCAGGUCGAUGUAGCUCUCGAUGAACUCCUGAGACCAGACGGGAUGCACGAUCGCCGCCACAUGCAGCGGACUAGUGCCAGUGCCCGAAUCGGUCUCGGUUGCGAGGCUGCCGUCACGCUGGACGAGCUGCCGGUAGAAGGACAGCAGGGUGGCCUCACUCUCCCUAGUCGGCUGGUCCGUCGGCAAUGUGCGCGGCAGCUGCAUCACCCAUCGGCCCUGCAGCUGGAUGCCUGGGACAGAGAGACAGAAAGACAGACGUUCAGACAUCAUGGUGUGUGUGCCGUGUCGUGAGUGCUGUGAAUGGGUGUGUACCUGGCUGACUCAUCAGGAGAUCGAAGGCGGCCCGGUGGCACGAGGCGAUGGCCACUCGGAUGGGCGAAGCAACACCACCCGCAUUGAUGUCGGCCCCUGUCUGGAUGAGGCUGCGCAUGAUGGCGAGCUGGAGUCCGAGCGUCCGCCACAUCGGCAUGGCGACGGGACAGUCGUCAUCGCUGUCACCAGUACCGCCGUCGGGUGCCCAGAUGGACGGCACGCUGUUGUCAGUGAGGUUGUCGAUGGACAGCGACAGCAGCGAAUAGGCCAU